UUCAAGUCAGUCAGCAGUCAUCUUCUCCUUCCCCUUCCAUUUUAACUUCCACAAACACCCUCUCUCCAUAUAUAUAUAUAUACACACACACAUAUAUACAUACACUUUCUCAUUACACACAUAUAUAUACAAAAUAUAUAAUUCAGACAGGAAGGAGGAGAGAGAAAGAAUAUCAUCAGCAUAAUCACAUGGCAGUGUGUAGCAUCCGAUCUUUCUCUCUCCAAUCACCCACCACCCAUCUCCAUCACCCCACCACCACAACCACCACCCGGAUCAACCUCAAUUUCAUCACCACCACUCAUAAACCAUCUCAUCAUCAUUACUCUUUUUCCCUUACCAACCGCUCUAACCGUCCUACCCCACCACUAACCAUCUCAUUUUCCGGCGGCGGCGGUGGCAGUGGUGGUCUUCACGGUGGUGGUGGAGAUGGAAGUGAUGAUAAUGGAGAAGAUGGUGAUGAUGAUGCUGAAGAGAAAAACAAAAGGGAAGCAAUGCUUGUGUUAGCUGAAGCUGGAAGGAGCUUAGAAAGUAUUCCUAAAGAUAUUGCAAAGUCAAUAAGUAAUGGAAAGAUUCCCGGGUCAAUUGUGACGAGGUAUUUGGAACUCGAAAAGUCAGCGGUGUUUCGAUGGUUGCUUCAGUUUGGUGGGUUUAAGGAAAGAUUGCUUGCUGAUGAUCUUUUCUUAACCAAAGUUGGUAUUGAAUGUGGUGUUGGCAUUUUUACUAAGAGUGCUGCAGAGUUGGAAAAGAGAAGGGAAAACUUCACUAAGGAGCUGGAUUUUGUUUGUGCUGAUGUGAUAAUGGCUAUAAUCGCAGAUUUUAUGCUCGUGUGGCUUCCUGCUCCUACGGUUUCUCUUAGAGGACCUGUUGCAGUUAAUGCUGGACUAAUUGCCAAGUACUUCUCUGGAUGCCCUGAUAAUGCAUUCCAGGUUGCUUUGGCUGGUACAUCCUAUUCAUUCUUGCAGAGAAUUGGGGCAAUAGUACGUAAUGGAGCGAAGCUCUUUGCAGUUGGGACUGGUGCAUCUCUUGUUGGGACGGGUGUAACAAAUGUCUUGAUUAAUGCAAGGAAGGCCAUUGAUAAAUCUUACGCUGUUGAAGCCGAGGACCUACCUGUAUUAUCCACUAGUGUGGCCUAUGGUGUCUAUAUGUCGGUUUCUAGUAACCUUAGGUACCAAGUACUGGCUGGGGUUAUUGAACAGCGAAUGUUAGAACCGUUGUUGCACCAACACAAGCUCGUUCUGAGUGCGAUAUGCUUUGCAGUCAGAACAGGCAACACAUUUCUUGGGUCACUAAUGUGGGUUGAUUAUGCACGUUGGAUUGGAAUCCAAAGGAGUCGGGAAUGAUCAAAGGAUGGUCACUGAUCUAUGCCGUUGCUUUCACUGAUAUGAUUCUGUACAUGUAUGCGAUGGUAGAUCGGAAUAAAGUGAUAAUUUGUCAUUUCAAUAGCUUCUCUACACUGGUGAUAAGUGUAAAUUUGCUUGUAGAGGUAUUUAUAUUAUUAUUUCGUCGGACAAA